AUGCCCGUUCUGAGUGCCGACAAGGGCAGUGUCAGCACCCACUCACUGCCAAAUGACUCGAGCGGCACCCCGCCCCCAGCAGAGGCUUUGCGCGGUGAGGCGCGGUAUGUUCCCUAUAUCCCCGGACACGUGAUACCGCAGGAUCGGAGUGCCGUGCUGAAGCUCGAAGAUGGAUCGGUGCCGCUGACACCCGUGAUGCAUGCCCCUUAG